UUUACAGCGGACACAUCUCAACGGAAGAGCAUUAUUCAUUUGAAACAUGUCCAUGGAUACGGCGCCUGUGUUCCAGUCCAGCUUCUCCAUACGCUCGUUGCUCUCCAGCACGCAGCUGGAGGAGGAUCCAAGCGACUCCUGCAACAGCUCCGAGGAUGCAUCCUCUGAGGAUGGCAACACGAAUUCCCCCACAGCUAGCUCCAGCAGCAGCAGCAGUAGUAGUAAUGGCAUGUCGGAUGCGAAGCCCGCCUUUACGUAUAGCGCGCUAAUUGUGAUGGCCAUACGGCGGAGUCCGGAGAAGCGAUUGACACUGAGCGGCAUCUGCAAGUGGAUAGCCGAUAAUUUUCCCUACUAUCAGAAUCACAAGAGUGUCUGGCAGAACUCCAUACGCCACAAUCUGAGCCUCAAUCCGUGCUUUGUACGUGUGCCGCGCGCCCUCGAUGAUCCGGGACGUGGCCAUUACUGGGCCCUCGAUCCGUAUGCCGAGGAUCUGACCAUUGGCGAGACAACGGGCCGUUUGCGUCGCAGCAACAACUCGCUGCUGGGCCGCAGCAAGGCCACGGCUCAUGGCAAGAGUCACGGCUAUGCGCAUCCUUAUCAGCAGCUGACCGGCAAUCCAGCUGCGGCGGCUGUGCUCUAUGCCCAGCUCUUCAAGCCGCACGCUGCCUACUUUCCCAUCGUGCCAGAGCCAGCACAGCCCCAGCAUCCAAUCAUGAUGCAGAGCGGCCAGCAUGCGAUUGGAGCUGGCAUGGGCGUAGGCAUGGGCAUGGGCAUGGGCAUGGGCACAUUGGCUAUGACAACGGCCGCAGCACAACGAUACCAGCAACAGCAUCAGACACAGCAUCAGGGUACCUUAUCAGCGCCUUACCAUCAGACACACACUGAAGCU